GAUGACGCGAAAACCAGGAAGUAGUUUGGUGUGAGCUGCAGCGUGCAGAGUUCUUAUUAAAUUAAUUUAAAUACUACUAUUACUAAUAAAUAAAUCAUAUUGGUUUUAUCGUUGUAAAUUAUGUCCGACAGAAACCCUGGAAUGGAUCUUGAUCUGGAGUGGGUGUCAAAGGUCAGAGUGAACACUCAGGCUGUGCUGAAAAGGGCCCAACAAGUUCAGGGCCGCAAGGUCGCCAAGAAGCAGUGGCAGGCAGCCUGGCUCCUGAAGGCUGUGACGUGCAUUGACCUGACGACACUCUCUGGUGAUGAUACACCGUCUAACGUCCACCGACUGUGCACAAAGGCUGUGCAGCCCAUCCGCUACGACCUGCUGCAGAACAUGGACAUGCAUGAUAAAGGUAUUACAACAGCUGCAGUGUGUGUUUAUCCAUCUCGUGUAGCUGAUGCAGUAAAAUCUUUAAAAGCAGCCAACUCCAGCAUACCUGUUGCUUCUGUGGCUACUGGGUUCCCUGCUGGUCAGACUCCACUAAAGACACGUCUGGAGGAGGUGCGUAUGGCUGUAGAAGACGGAGCAACUGAAAUCGAUAUUGUCAUUAAUCGAACGUUGGCUCUGACUGGACAGUGGGCAGAUUUAUAUGAUGAGAUCCAGCAGUUCCGCCAGGCAUGUGGCGAUGCCCACAUGAAGACCAUCCUGGCAGUAGGAGAGCUCGGCACAUUCACCAACGUCUACAAAGCCAGUCUUGUAGCAAUGAUGGCAGGAUCUGACUUCAUCAAAACGUCUACUGGCAAAGAGUCUGUUAAUGCCACCUACCCAGUCGCCAUAGUAAUGGUCCGGGCCAUUCGAGAUUACUACUUGAAGACGGGUCAGAAGGUUGGGUUUAAGCCAGCGGGGGGUAUUCGCACAGCGCAGGAUGCCCUGGUGUGGCUGGUACUGAUGAAGGAGGAGUUGGGUGACCAAUGGCUCACUCCUCACCUCUUCCGCCUGGGAGCCAGCAGUCUGCUUGGAGACAUUGAACGUCAGAUUUAUCACUACGUAACCGGACGCUAUCCAGCCUAUCACGAGCUACCUAUGGCUUGAUUUCCUGAGAUCCUGUUUGUGACUGACUAAACUCAGGACCUGUUCCAAAUCAGCCAAUCACACCAUAAGCCAAAACCUCCACUGAAGUCUUCAGGGAAAUAAUGUUACUCGCUGACAAACGUGUACUUUACAGAUCUGAAGAUAAUACUGAGGGCAGGGCCUCCCAUUGCCCUUGCCUUGAUUUUGUAAAUGACUCAUUUCAUUCAAGAGUCCUUUCAUACUGAUGAGAAAAACUGUAUUUGAAGGGUAGUGUGUAAAGUUUAUCUAAAGAAUUAAGGAAAAAAUAAUUUAAUAAAAGCCAAAAUGUUCUAUUCA